UGAGAUCAAUAGUUGUGAUACUGAUGCUGAUUGUGAUCAAAUGUCGUUUGCAGUAUGCUCCUCAAGUGGUAGAAAAUGUAUUUGUAGAGACGGAUAUUUUGAAAUCAAAAGAGGAACAUGUGUACUUCAAUUGAAAGAAAUUUGCAGAAUUGAUAGACAAUGCCGUAUUCCUAAUUCUGUUUGCGAUGAUGGCUACUGUGAAUGUGAACCUGGAUUUUUAAAUAUCGCUAACAACCAAUGUGUUCUAAUUGAAUCAUCUGUUCGAUCUUGUUACAACAAUCACCGUAAUUGUCGUUUGUUUACGAAUGCAAAGUAUUUAAAAAAUGGACAGUAUGUUUGUACAGAGUAUAGGGUAGAAAUAAACACAACAGCCUGUGCUGCAUGGUCAGGUAGAUUUUGCACGAAUGGUGAUCAAUGUGGCUCAAAAUACUCUGUUUGUGUCAAUAAUGAAUGUCAAUGUAAAUUGAAAUAUGUGUCUCAUUCCGAUAUUGAUUGUCGAACACCUUUUAUAGGUAUGACUUGUAAUUAUGACUCAUAUUGCAAAAAAUUCAUCAAGAAUUCGCUGUGUCUAAACAAAAUAUGUAUCUGCGGUAAUAAUUACUCUGAAAUAAAUGGAAAAUGUCUUCCUAAAUUACUCGUUUCAUGCUCGGAUAAAGAACCAUGUGCGCCGAAAAACUCUUUCUGUAUAGAUGAAAAAUGUCACUGCAACAUUCAAUAUAUUCAGCAAGAAGAUGAAUGUGUACCACGUAAUAAAACGAAAUACAAAGAACACGAAGACGCAAAGGCUCCAAGUAAACAGUUAUUUAUUUAUUUAUUCAGAUAG